AUCAUCAGAAUUCAGAGCAGAAUCAUGGACGCCGCAAAAGAUCAAUCGUCUUCUGGAGAUACUUCGAAGUCGAAACUUCGGUAUCCUCUCCGAUCUGCAAGUAAACCAAAGGAUGACAAGACAGCCAUGGAGGAAAUAUCGAUCGCUUCUGUUCCGAAGAGAGGGAGACCUGCAUCAAAUGUAAGCAAAAGUGUGAGUGUCCUUAAUCUUUCUGGGAAGGCAAAGUCCACCAAACCACCUAGAAGGCUCUCCAUUCCUGCUAAGUCUGUUAUCAGUCCUCUUCCAAGACCAGCAGGCACCGUGACACCAAUAUAUGAAAGCAGAUCAAAGAGAUCCGGUAAUGGUCAGGGGAAAAGUGAAACACCAGUUUCUGAGGUUUCCAAAUCUUUGAACCGAAAGAAGUUCAGUGUUUUAUCCUCGGCAUCAUAUUGGCUAUCACAGAUAAAGCUAUCUGAAUCUGCUGCUAAGCAUUCCAUUUCACUUGGCUUCUUCAAGCUUGCUUUGGAGGCUGGAUGUGAGCCUUUGCAACGAAUGCGGGAUGAAUUCAAAUCCUAUGUGCGUCGACACAAGCUUGGUGAACUUGAAGAAUUUGUGAAAGAGAUACUUGGGAGCUAUGAUAUCCCGGAAGAUUUUGAGCUGUUAAAGGUUUCGGAGACCUGUUCUCAGGUGCCGGAAGAGGGAACUCAAUCCUCUGAUGAAGAUGCACAGAGCUCUGUUUCUAGCAGUGGAGCUCGGAAACUAAGGCCCAAAUCCUUGAACCCUGGAAAUGUUCAAGCUGCCAAAGUUGAAGAAGCGAGGAAGGACAGUGAUUUGAAAAAAAAUCAUGCUAGCAGGAACAGGGGAUCACUUAACAGAAAUUCUGCAAAUGUAAGUUCAGUUACCCAUGUUAAUUCUGGCAAUGUACAGAAGAAGAAAUCACAGAGGCCAAGUAGGCAGGCAUCUAACCAAGAGAAGAAGAAAAUCAAGGACCAAGUAAAGAAAGCUGCCACUGAAAAAGAUGUAGCUGAUCCAUUGCCUGCGGAGGGGGCACUGCAAGUAGAUAAAGAAAAUAUGGAUGCCCAACAGAUGGAAGAGAUCAGCUUGACGUAGAAGUACAAUAAAAAGCAUCUUGCACAA